ACGAGUCUGACUUCAGACAGUGUAUAUAAGAAUCUGAAGGCUCAAGCAUGUAAUCAUUAUUCAAGAGACAUCAUAACGCAAAGCACAAAGUCUUUUCUAAACACGAACAGAAAACAUUCAGUGAUAGUGAGGGAAUAUAAGUAGAACCAUUAUAUACUGAUAACGUUGUGAAUGAAGAAGCAUAUCUUAUAAAAUGUGGUCUUUGAAAUCGUGGUUCUUCAAUGAAAUGUGUACGAGCAAAGCACGUCUUGAUGGCAAAACUGUUGUAAUAACAGGGGCAAGUAGUGGUCUCGGCAUGGAAACUGCUAGAGAUUUAUAUGCUAGAGGGGCUAGAAUAAUUUUAGCUUGUAGAAAUAUGGAAAAAACAAAUAAAGCAAUUGAAGAUAUAAAGAAUAAUCCACCCUCAUGGGUCAAAAAGGAUGAAUAUAAAAAUAAUGUAGGUGAACUUGUGAUUUAUUUUCUGGAUCUACGUAGUUUGAAGAGCGUAAGAGAGUGCGCUAAAAAUUUGCUAACUAACGAACCGGCUAUACAUAUGCUUAUAAAUAAUGCCGGUGUGGCUGCGUAUCCGUAUGAAAAAACAGAAGAUGGAAAUCAAAUGACACUACAAGUUAAUCAUCUUGGCCAUUUUCUUUUGACACUUUUGCUUUUGCCAAAAAUGCAAUUGUCUGGUCCUAAUUGCAGAAUAAUCAAUGUCGCGUCACUUGUAUAUAUUUGCGUUGAUUUAGAUUUUGAUGAUAUUAAUAUGGAGAAAUCUUAUUCACCAGUUAAAAGUUACGCACAAAGCAAAUUGGCGAACAUUUUAUUCACCAAGGCACUCGCUCAACGAUUAAAAGAAGCAAAUAUUCAUGGGAUAAAUGUGUACGUUUUAAAUCCUGGAAUUAUAGAUACCGAAAUAAACCGUCAUGGCGAUAAUACAGUAUUUCCAGGUGCAACUUUUCUUCAUGGUUUGUAUGCGCGAUUAUUUUGUAAAAAUGUUGUACAGGGAGCGCAAACGUUAAUAUAUUGUUCAGUGGCUGAAGAGAUAGCUAAUGAAACUGGACUUUAUUAUUCAAACUGCAGUGUUGCUACUACAUAUCGAAAGGCAAAUGAUCAUCAGUAUGCUGAAAAAUUGUGGGAUGUAUCUUGUCGUCUUUUGGAUUUGGAACCGAAAGAGGAUUUUAACAUAUUUUUGGAAACAGUUUCACGCCAAAUGCUUUAAAAAUAUUUCUUUAUUCUUAAAUGAUUUAUUGUAAAAAUUUUUAAAUAAUAUGUAACUUUUAU